UUGUGUCUUCGGGAGCCGGUGCACCGAAUGUGAUUUCUCAGUUUUUUAACUCGCGAUCUCCCGUAGAUCCAGAGCACAAUGGAGUACGGCGAUCUCAAGAAACGCGGCAGGAAUCUCUUAGCCGAGGGCAAGCUGCAAGAAUGCUUGACAUUGUUCGAAGAUGCUCUCAAAAUUACCCCAAAUGAUGAACGAAUCAAAUCCAAGGUUCAGACGCUGCGGGAAGCCCUCGAGGAGCAAGGGAGCGAAGAUUCAGCACCUGAGGAGGAAGGAGCUAAGAUGGGAGAGGAGAUGGUGGAGCUCACACCGGGAUAUUACUUACACAAGAAAAUCCAGUCGAGGCUAUUCCCUUAUCAAAUCGACGCUCUCAAAUGGAUGUACAGACUCCAUCAGCGGAAGAAAGGCGGUGUUCUAGGAGAUGAUAUGGGUUUGGGUAAAACCAUCCAAGUAAUCGCCUAUCUUGCCGGACUUUUCGACAUGGAGAAAGUGAAGUCGGUUCUCCUCAUCAUGCCCGUGUCGCUAAUCGGCAACUGGUGCACUGAAUUCGAGAAAUGGGCACCCGGCAUCACUGUAUACGAUUACCACUCGGCAACCAAGCGAGAGAAAGAGCUCUUCCUCAAAAAAGUGAUGAACCGCGGAGGUGUGAUAUUGACAACGUAUGGCAUGGUCACGACGCGGCACGAAGAUCUACGGAACAACGGGAGCCGUAGAUUCAUCUGGGAUUACGUGAUCCUAGACGAGGGUCAUAAGAUUAAGAAUCCCACAAAGACGCAGUCCGCUGUUUUCGGUUUGCCAGCACAUCAUCGAUUGGUGCUGACCGGAACAGCGGUUCAGAACAACCUCAGUGAGCUGUGGAGCUUGUAUCAUUUCACGCAUCAGGGAACGCUUUUCGGAAAUCUCGCAGGAUUCAAGCAGGAUUUCGAAACUCCAAUAAAUAGGGGACGGGAACGUGACGCGAAACCAGGUGAACGAGAAAUGGGUGUUCAACUGGCGAAACAGCUCAAGGAGAUGAUCGCACCGUACUUCUUGCGACGAACGAAGGCAGAAGUCUUCCGCAGCGGAACCGGGCCUCGAAUCGAGGCGCAAAAAGAAGAUCUCGUGCUGUGGACUUAUCUCUCUGAAACUCAACAAGAGCUCUAUCGGGACUUUCUGCAGUCCGACGACGUGAAAGCCAUUCUGCUCACUUCGAAGUCUCCUCUCGUGCAACUGAACAUACUGAAAAAAAUUUGUGAUCACCCACGCUUACUUCCAAAGAAAGCCUGCGUUCAGUUGGGUUUGUGCGACGACAUGACGGAAGCGGAAAUUCAGGAGUUCCUCGAGGAUGACAAACAUUGCCCGUUCUCCAUCGACGACGUCAGUGACGAGGAUCUCUUGAACGAGAGCGGAAAGAUGCGACUCAUGUUGAAACUUACGGAACAGCUUCGCGAAGAAGGACAUCGAACGCUGAUAUUUUCUACAUCCCGGAGAAUCCUAGACAUGAUUCAACGCAUCCUCAGAUCGCAUCGUUUCACGAUCUCGCGUCUGGAUGGAACCAUACACAAGACCGCUGAGAGGAAACGCAUCGUGGACACCUUCCAGAAACAAGGAAGCGACGUUUUCCUUCUCACCACGCAAGUCGGUGGCGUAGGUUUGACCUUGACGAACGCCGACCGCGUCAUUAUCUACGAUCCUAAUUGGAACCCAGCCACGGACGCGCAAGCAGUUGAUCGUGCUUUCCGUAUUGGUCAGACUCGAGAUGUUCUUGUGUACAGACUCAUCACCUGCGGUACUGUGGAGGAGAAGAUUUACGCGCGUCAGAUUUUCAAGGAUUCGAUUAUCAAGCAGACGACUGGGAACGUCGCCGAUCCCACCAGAUAUUUCACCCGCAGUCAGCUGCGAGAUCUUUUUGUUCUCAACGAUCCGCUCCGAUCUGAGACGCAAGUUCAAUUAGAACAAAUGCACACAAAAUUAUUGUCCAAGGAGAUAGAAAUUCACAAGUCUUUCCUGAUGAGCACCAACAUGGUAUUCGGUGUAUCUCACCAUGAUUUAAUGUUCUCCACCGAGGAAGAGAAAGAGGACGUUUCCGAGCAACAGAGAGAAUUCAUAACACACCAGGUCCAAAGAGCGCGGGUCCUACGAGAGAAGGAUGCGGAGAUCAUCGAGGAAGAUCUUCGACGUAAUCCGCAUCUGGUUCCGGACGUGAACAGUCGUUCAGCUCAACAGAGGAAUCUCGCCGCGCGAAUGGCUACAGCUCACCUGCCGCCCGUGUACCGCGACGAGCCCCCAAGGGUCGAACGUGACUCGGCUGGGUCGGAAAGCGAUGCAUCGAGUGAUUGCAUCAUUCUAGACGACGAUAGUGAAGAUGAGAAACCGAAGGUGCAGCCGAGACAGAGGCAACGCGAGAGCUCCGACGACGAGGAGGUCAGCAUAGUAUACGAGUCGAAGCCUAGUCGACUGGAGGCGUCUGCCGACGACAGCGAAUGCGUCAUAGUGUCAGACGAUGAGGAACCUUCGAAGAAGAAAGAUGACGUCAAGGCCGCGAUCUUGGGCCAAAAACGAAAAUCAGAUGAAGUUCCGGAGUCGUCAGCAGCUGCAGAACGCACGCAGUCUCCCCACGAAGCGGCUUCCCCACUCAGCGUCCACAGCGGAGGGAGCAGAAAGUUCGAAGUUAUCGAAAGCGAUGACGAGGAGGAUAGCAUCAUUAACAAACAGAAGCGUCCCAAGCGCAAUCGGAUAUCCGACUCGGAAUCUAGCUCGGAUUGCAACCCAGCGAGCGUCAAGGAACAAAUGGAAGAAACGGCGAGCGAAGAUCCGGAAGAAAUCCCGUCCACCUCCCCCGCAAAGUCAAAGAGGCGUUCGGUUGCUGUUGUGAAACGAACCCCAAGUCCGGUUCUCUCGAGCGAGAGCCAAAGUCCGUCGGCGCCGGCCUCGAGCGACGAGGACGAAAAGCAGCGCCAUAUCGAGGAAGCUGCGUACGAUAAGGCUUUCGAGGAGGAAGACGAUUUCGAUCAGAGUGUGAUCGAGCAAUCGAUCCUCGAAACGACUUCUCACCCCACCGACGGUGCAUCGUUUUUGGUCGACGACAGCUUUGACGAUCACAGCGCGUCGUUCGCGGAAGCCGACAGCUCGAUGGCCUCGCAUGAUCGUAGCACGAGCGCUCCGGAUUCGACAUCGGAGGUCGUCGAAGACUCUGACGGUUAGGCGGCAGUUAUCGAACGACUUACUGUAUUGGGUAGGGGGGACGGGAAAAUGUUCGGGGACGACCAUUCUUGUUGAGGUCGGACCUUUCUGAUCAAUGGAUAAUAUGCGGGAGAAGGGCUUCUUAUUUGUUCUAGUAAG